AUGUGGGAGGCCAAGCUCAAGCCCGACCUCAUUGGCUACAGCGCUGGGAUCAGCGCGUGUACCAGUGGCGAGCAGUGGCAGCGGGCUUUGGCGCUGCUGGGCGAGAUGAGGGAAGUGAAGCUGGAGCUCGACAUGAUGAGCUACAGCGCUGGAAUCAGUGCGUGCGAGAAGGGCGAGCAAUGGCAGCGGGCUUUGGCGCUGCUGGGCGAGAUGUGUGAGGCGAAGCUCGAGCCUGACGUCUUCUGUUCUACAGCGCUGGGAUCAGCGCGUGCGGGAAUGGCGAGCAGUGGCAGCGGGCUUUGGCGCUGCUGA